UCUCUCUCUCUUUCUAACCAACUCAUCUGCUUGGCGCAGGAAGAGAAGAAGAAAGCAAAGAGGCAACCGGAGCUAAGCCUGGAUUCAGUACCGAGCACAGCGCCUCAGCCUCACAUUCAGCACCACGGACAGCUCCACGGGCGCGGCCCAAACCUACAAUUUCAAGACUUUGAACGCUGUUCAACGCGAGUCGGAAUGAUGCGUUGACAGAGUCUGAACAGCUGCUGUUGCGUUUUCUACUCCGACACUAAAAACGCGUAGCCUGUUGUACUGCGAGAAGAGGAGGCCGUCCAUUUAGCGGAACUCUAAACACGCUCCUCUGCCUGAACUGCGGCUCCCGGUGCUUAUACCGACGGCUCUAGGGAGGCGGUGGGCGGGGGAUGCGAGAGCGGCGCUCGUGAUUAGCUCCUGGAGGGCGCUGAUAUCCACCAACCCAAUCCUAGGGGAGCGGCGCGGCCUCGGGCGGAGUUUGGGGAGACGCGCGGUUAGUUUUAGUUUGUGUUGGUUGGACCGAGAGGAGGAGGAGGAGGAGGAAGAGGCGACGGAUGUCAUUUUUUUCCCAUUUGUACCAACGGGCACGUUUCUCGGGUGUAACUGUCCUCCAGCGAGCGUCUGAUCGGCUGGUUUUAUUCCCGGCAACGAGAGCGCGCAGAGACCGUGGUUCUGCGUGACACAUUUGAGGAAUCCCGUUUUAUUUUGGAACCCGUUUAACUGCGCGUCCCUGCGAUGCGGCUGUAACCUUUGUUACAGCGCUCUGUACCGGGGAUCAACAAGAAACAUGUCAGUAAGUCAGCAGCUGGAGCGGCGGCCAGCCUUUCGCCCCUCGUCGUAGCGGCCGCGGGGCUUCAUUCAUGCGUGCGUCCAUUCUGUAAUUUAGCGGGAAACCGACACAGCGCCGCCUCUUAUUCUGAUUCUGGGGAGAGAUCGAAGGAGGAGAAUCUCCGCCGGGCGACGCAUCCAGCGGUGAGUCAGGGGCUCUGCGCGUGACGGCUCGCUGGUGGAGCCGCCGCUAAAAACGCUCGCGCUUCAAGUAGGCUGCGCGUGUCCACCGGGCAGUAACGCAAACUGAGCCGGCUUUUUUGCUGAUGUUUUAAAGAUGGAGUCUUCCUCGGCAGACGCCGGCUGUUAAACGGGUCAAAGGGGGCUCUGCUGGGAAACAAACGAGCUGCAGAAGUUGAGGGUAUAGACGGAAAGGUGAGAAGGAAUCGAGGAGGGAGAGACGGAAGGAACACUCCGGUUACCGGCAGCUCGCGCCGCGCGUCACCGGGACGAGCGGACGGGAUCAAGGGGACGGAGCGGCGGACCGCGCUCCGACUGACCGAGGGCAGCGCUGGGCAGCGGGCACCGCCGGUGGCGGUUCAACCGACCGCGCGCACGCGCCGCGCGCGUGUACGAGGGUGGUGGUGGUGGUGGUAGAAACCGGUUUUUCACGCGCGAGAAGGUGACGUGCCGCCCUCCCACCUUCCCGCCCUUCGCGAGCCGCUGGUCAACGGACGAGGCGGCCAACUUCGCCUUCGCUGCACACUUUCCAAAAAAUAUCCACCUUUUGGCCCGUUUUUUUUUUUUUGCAUUUUUCGAGUGCCUGUUUGUUGAACUCAUCCCUGACACCAAGUCUCGCGGGACAGAAGGCAAAUUAAAGCGUGCCCCUUAAAGAGGCGGGGGAGACAGAUCAAGGCACAUAGGGGUCGCCUAUAUGAAGAUGCUGAUGUGUGACCGCGGCGUCCAGAUGCUCGUGACAACGGUGGGCGCGUUCGCCGCCUUCAGCCUCAUGACCAUCGCCGUCGGCACCGACUACUGGCUGUACUCGCGCGGGGUCUGCCGCGUGAAGAGCAGCGGCGACAACGACACGAGCCGCAAGAACGAGGAGGUGAUGACGCACUCCGGCCUCUGGCGAACCUGCUGUCUGGAAGGAACGUUCAGAGGAGUCUGUAAGAAGAUAGACCACUUUCCAGAAGAUGCCGAUUAUGAAGCCGAUGCUGCUGAAUACCUCCUCCGUGCUGUCCGUGCCUCCAGCAUCUUCCCCAUCAUGAGCGUGGGCCUGCUGUUCAUGGGGGGGCUCUGUGUGGCUGCCAGUGAGUUCUACCGGAGCCGGCACAACGUCAUCCUCAGCGCCGGCAUCUUCUUCGUCUCUGCAGGCCUCAGUAACAUUAUUGGAAUUAUUGUCUACAUCUCAGCUAAUUCCGGUGACCCGGGUCAGAGCGACAGCAAGAAGUCCUACUCCUACGGCUGGUCCUUCUACUUCGGCGCCCUUUCCUUCAUAAUGGCGGAAAUGGUGGGCGUCCUGGCCGUGCACAUGUUCAUCGAGAAGCACCGCAAGCUGCGGGCCAAGUCCCGCACCGAGCUCAUCAAGAAGUCCGCCUUCAGCCGCAUCCCGUCCUACCGCUACCGCUUCCGGCGCCGCUCCAGCGUGCGCUCGUCCGAGGCCCCCAGCCGCGACGCCUCGCCGCUGGGGAAGGGCGGCUACACGGGGCCGGCCGCCUCCGAGAUGCCCAUGUACACGCUGAACCCGCGGGAGGCGGGCAGCGCCGGCACCAAGGCGGGCCUGGGCGGCCUGCUCAACUCCGAGAUGGAUUUCCUGCAGAGCAGCACGCUCACCAAGGACUACAGCAAGGACCCCAACCGCAGGACCACGCCCGUCUGAGAGGUGCCGGGCGCCGCCUGCAGAUGCGGCCCCUCGGAGGGUUAGCGAUGGGGGAGAGUUGAGGGGGAGCACAAGCGAAAGCAGGGGACACAGGGUGACGGGUGGGACGGGACCUGGUAAACUUUGACUGUGAACUGUGAACUUUUAGCCUUUGAACUUUGAAUCCUGAGACCUGUGAAGGUUCCGUGUGUGUAGCAGGGUGGGUCGCUCCCAACUCCACUCUACCACACACCACUGUAGUUAUAUCUGUAACUCCUAUACAUGAAGGCACUUGCAAUUUAGGUUCAUGACAUGGAUUCAUGUCCAUUAAUUGAACAUUUUUCCUUUUUUUAAUGGUGGUAACAAAAAACCUUAGGAAAAAGCUUAAAGCAUAUCGUUUACUGUUUGGGGCAGCCGGUCCCAUGAAAAUGACAAAUAAUGUGAACUAAUGGAGAAGAGGGACGAGGUGACAGACUCUGAUCUUUGACCUUUUGACCUCUAUCCAGAAUCGGAUGAGUGCAGGGUACGGCCUUAGAGGAUUCCUUUUAAAGUGGAGUUGACACCUCAGGAUGGAGAUCGAGUCAUUUUCACUUCAGCGAAACUCAAUGUAUAAAUUAAAGAAGCAGUUUGAGCAUUUAAUCAUAUUUUUAUACAUCCUGUACAUAUGCUCUUUCAUAUUUAUUCAUAUUAUUUAAGUGCGUUCACGUCAUCAGUGACUGAACUGAAGCUGACUCGAGCUCAUGCCUGGUAACAGUUAGCUCCCUGUCUCUGAUCCCAGGUCAGUUUGAGGCUAGACAGUGGGUCUGGAUGCGCUGACUCUAGAUCAGCUGCUAUUGGGGAAAAGAUGUGACUAAACUAAACUGACAAAUCUCUUAUAUAUGGUAACAUUAGAUCAUUGGUGCUUCCCAGUCACACUUUUCUUUUAUUUAGCUUUAUUUAAACCUAAAGAGAUCAUUAGAUCCUUGUGUUCCAUCUGUCUGCCUUCACGUGUCACCUUUCACCUCCCCCAUUUUCUGUGCAGCCCCAUAACUCGCCUUACCUCCACCUUCUGCACCCCCCCCCCCCCCCCCCCCUCCUCGUCCUUUUCUCGCUUGGACUUCGGUCCCGUCUUCUGCUGGUGUCACUCGUAGACUAGAGACGGAGGGUUGUGGUUCAGGGCACUGUGGAGCUGAGACCUCUGAGCUGUGAUUAUGCUUUAAAGCAGAGCAAAAAAUACAUGAAACCCUUAGAUUGCCCACUACCUCUUGGCGAAUCUCUCUCCGAUUAAUUUGACAUAAAGGCAGAUUUUAAUUGCCAGACACAGAGAAACUGUCCCCUGCAGCUUGAAGUCUCUUCCUGGGGUGGAUCUUUUGAGGACGACUAUUUAUGGGGCGUGCGAUUUACAGUUGGAACGGUGCGGCUGCAUUAUUCAGAGCGUUUGUGCUCCAUUCUUCCUGCUGUCACUCACAGCCUCUCCUCCCUUUUAAUCUCGCUUACACGCACACGCCAAACAGGCCCGAACGCGCCACUCACGCAUCUCCGGCAGCUGACGCGCUCCUUCGUGCGCGCGGCUCCCUUCGAUCGGCGCGACAGCGAACCGGCGGGGAGAGAAUUCAAGCGGCUGAUAGAACGUUCACAGCAUUUCCCUCCAACUUAUUCCAUGAGUAACAAGUGGAUGUGAAGGAGUGGAGGAAGAAAAUCCAUUUUAUUUCCCCUCUUUACCUCCCUGAGCCACCAUUGCACUGUUUUGUAUAAACUAAACAUGAAGCGACACGGAGCUGUUACAGUCGCACUACGACUUUGACAGUUAUUACCCUGACAAUAAAAGAUGUUUUAAAGCUCAGUCCCACUGUUUAAUUUAUGACGCUGCUGCGUUAUCUCCUGUCUUUUAUGCCAUAAAGGGAGCUUAAAGGGACAAACGUGCAGCACCACAGUCUUUCUCUUGCUGUACUUCGCAUGUAAAUAUUAAUUUUGCAAGCUAACUACAACAUCAGCAGUUGUCAUGGGCUGUGAAAGGAAAAGGGAAAAAAAACUUCACCAGGCAAGGGCUUUUAAUUUUUAAGGACAGGAUCACACAAGGGCUUUUUAUGCUCAGUGCUGCAGAGACGUGCUUUUGAGUGGGCAGGUUUGUGGGAGCAACCGCUUUAAAAACCAGCUGCAUCGCUAACUAUCGCUAUAACACGCUACAUGUAAAAGAGCAGCAGAGCCAGAUAAAAGGCACUCGCUUCAUUUUUAUUCUUAUUAGGCCAUGUUGGCUACAAUUAGCUUUUAGCUGCUUUUGGGCUAACUUAGAUUAGACUGUGUCUUUCAGAAUAAUUAGAGAUAAAGAAUGUUGCCUUAAGCAGAAGUAGGCGACGAUUUUAAUUAGGAAUUAUUUGAGUUAGCUUCAGAAUCAAACAUAAUCUUGUUGAUAUUACUCGGUGCCAAAUAGUAAUCCAGAUGUUUCCUGUAUACCAUGACCUCCAGGUUAGCUUUAGAGCCUAGGUUUGUACUUUUGGAUAAGAGAUUUCCAGAAGACUCGCCUGUCGUAGCAAUGUAGCGCAGCCCAACAGGGGCCCCUGGGAUCCUGAGGGUCUGCCAGGGGCCAAAGUUAAGAACUGCCAUCCAUGAGCCAUGUCAGCAUUGAUCUUUCAAAGCAUGCAU